AUGGAUAGACAAGCAUUGUGGGAGAGGGUAGAUAACGACUCGUUUUAUAUAUGGGGAGGACAUACCGCCAACACCCUCUACUUGAAGGACGAAUCACUAUCUACUGGAUCGUGGAAGUUUCAAGCCGAUGGUACUGGUGGUGGCCAGUGGAUAAAAGAGACCCCUGAUAACCCCACAGAAUUGACAGAGCUAGUGAGAAGUGAGGACGGAGCAUUUGCCAGUACUCCUCACGGUGGCUUUUGGUUCGGGGGCUGGGCGGGAACUCGAACGAAGGUGAACAUGACUAAUGGCGAAGCGGACUUAGCUCCAGCUGGAGCUACUCCAGGUAUGAUUGUUUACGACUGGAAUACCAAGCUGUGGUCGAAUGAGACAACCGCUUUCAGGGCCGCGUUUCCUCCCUACGGGACAGUGAGAGGUGCAAGAGCACUCUAUGUCCCCGACUUUGGACCAAAUGGCAUAAUCGUGCUCCUCGGUGGCUUCAUGGCGACCUUGGAGCCAAUAGUGAGCGGAGGCGAUAGUCUCCAUCAAUGGAUGGAUAUCUCCAACAUUACUCAAAUGACUACAGGAUCUGCUCCGACCAGACGACAGUGGUUCUGUCUGGUGGGACUCAGGAGCAAAACUACAUAUGAGAUAUUCUUGUUCGGCGGAACAGCUGGAUCCUCCAACAGAGCAUACAGCGAUGUCUUCGUAUUGAGUCUACCGGGAUUUGUUUGGAGGCAGGUGCAAUAUGACGAUGUAUCUCCACGAACGGAUCACCACUGCGCAGUAGUAGGAAAUCGGCAGAUGAUCGUUGUUGGUGGAAGAACCACAAGCAAGAGUGUGGGGAAUUUGAAAGGAUGGGCUCUCCGAGAUCCGUGGCCCCAAGGGCUUGGUUUGUUCGACCUAGCGGAGUGGACUUGGAAGGACGAUUACAACGCCAGCGCCGGUGCUUAUCGCAGCCAUGAAGAAAUACAACGUUGGUAUCGUGAGAAGGGUGUUAGUUCUGUGUCAUGGUCAUCGGAGGAAGUCAAGACUUUCUUCGUGCCAACGGUGAAGACCACAGCCAUCCCCACAGCCAUCCCAACAGUAACGCCCCCAACGAUGCCGAGGGCUACAGAAGCCUCGAGUAAUGCUAUUGCAGGGGCCGCAAUAGUUGCGAUUAUCUUAGCUGUUCUUGCAUUCCUGGCAAUCAUGUGGAUUGAUGGCCGUUCGGAAAGACCAAUCUUCGUACCGCCGCCUGUUAAUAAACCGAGCUCAACGAACGACACUAUCGAUGUCCCACUUCAGACAAAGGAACUUGAAGCGAACCAUAUUCCUUGUCUAGAUGAACCGAACUCGGACCCAAAGACUGUAACAGAGCUUCCAGUGGCCUCAGCGAUCGACCCUAGUCCUUACCAAGACGAGCCGAGAAAGGAUCCGACGCUUAGAACAGAGCUUCCGGUGACCUCGGUGGUCCCAGUGGUCGAUCUUUACCCUAACCAUGACGAGCCGAGUACAGACCUGAAGCCUAGAACAGAGCUACCUGUAUCGGCGACCGACUAUCUUCCUUGCCCAGCCGAGCUGAAUACGGAUCCAACGACCAGAACAGAACUUCUUGUCAACCCGAGGAUCGGAAAUGAAUCGAGCCUUCCUGUGGAGCUCGACGCUCUGUAUAGUUCCGCUAGUACUGUAGUCAGAAAGUUUCCAUAUGGAUCAAUGCAUGAUCGCGGCAAGCUUAUCGAAUGA